UUCUCAUGGUGCAGGGCGGACCGCUCUCAGUCCUCCUCACCUUCGCUCCAUCCUUAUCCGCUCUCUCUCUCUCUCUCUCUCUCACACACACACACACACACUCUCUCUCUCUCUCUCUCUCUCUCUCUCUCUCUCACACAUACACACACAUGCAAACUCCUCCGCCAUCAUCAACAUGCUGGCCUUUCUUAACCGCUACGCUGUGAUAGCGUACACCGUGCUGCUGUGCUUAGUGGCGUCGGGCCACACGGUCAAGAAGGCAGUGAAGUGUCCUUCAUCCUGCAGCUGCUCCAAGGAAUCCAUCAUCUGCGUCGGCUCUUCGUAUGUGCCGCGGAACAUGCCAAGCGAUGUCAGCUCACUGAGCAUUGUGAAUGGGACCUUCUCUGAGGUCAGGGAGGCCAUCUUUGCUCAUAUGCCAUCACUCCAGCUGCUAUUACUUAAUUCGAAUGCUCUUACCACAAUUAAAGAUGAUGCAUUCUCUGGCUUACCGCACCUUGAAUAUUUGUUUAUUGAAAACAACAAGAUUGAGACCACGUCCAAAUAUUCCUUUAGAGGACUUAGGGACCUGACCCAUCUGUCUUUGGCGAACAACAACAUCAAAGCCUUGCCAAGAGAUCUCUUCAGCGAUCUGGACUCGCUAAUAGAGCUAGAUUUGAGGGGCAAUGCGUUUGAAUGUGACUGUCGUGCUAAAUGGCUGAUGACGUGGCUAAAGAACACCAACGCCUCAGUGUCAGAUAUCCUAUGUGUUGGCCCAGAGGAGAUGAAGGGCAAGAGGCUCAAUGACAUGACAAGCCUCCAUGAUGAGUGCAUCUCUACAGAUUUCAUUCCACUUCAGUCGGUGACCACCGAGUCUCUUUCUGUGGAUACGUUCUUUUACAAGAAUGAUGUGUAUGUGACCAUCGCUGCCCCUAAUAUAGAGAGCUGCAUGGUGCUUCAGUGGGACCACAUCGAGAUGAACUUCAGAAGUUAUGACAACAUUACAGGUCAGUCCAUUGUUGGUUGCAAGUCGGUGAUCAUCCAGAACUUGGUAUUUAUGAUUGUUGCUCAGCUGUUUGGUGGUUCUCAUAUCUAUAAGUUUGAUGAAGACCAAAGCAAAUUCACCAAGUUUCAGGACAUUGAAGUCUCCAAGAUCUCCAAGCCCAAUGACAUAGAGACCUUCCAAAUUGGUGAUGAAUGGUUCUUUAUCAUUGCUGACAGCUCUAAGGCUGGUCUUUCAACCCUCUAUAAGUGGAAUGACAAAGGCUUCUACUCCUAUCAGUCACUGCACGAGUGGUUCCGUGAUACUGAUGCAGAGUUUGUGAACCUGGAUGGCAAGGCUCACCUAAUUCUGGCUAGUCGUUCACAAGUUCCAGUAAUCUACCAGUGGAGCAAGAGUGCACAGAAGUUUGUGUUGCAGGGUGAAAUUCCAAACAUGGAGGAUGUAGUGGCUGUCAAAGCAUUCUGGAUGAAAGAGGACCUGUAUCUGGCUAUGACGCGAUAUAUUGGUGACUCCAAAGUUCUACACUGGACUGCCAAGCAUUUUGCUGAGGUACAGGCCCUUCCUUCAAGAGGUUCCAUGAUUCUUCAGCCGUUUUCCUUCAAAGAUCGCUAUUAUCUGGCUUUAGGUAGUGACUACACGUUCUCACAGGUCUACCUGUGGAAUGCAGAGGACAAGGUCUUUGAUCGCUUCAAGGAGGUCUACAUUCAGGCCCCGCGCUCUUUUACCGUGGUCUCCACAUACCGCAGGGACUUCAUCUUUGCCUCCAGCUUCAAGGGAAGCACUCAGAUAUUUGAGCACAUCAUUAUCGAUCUGAGCCUUUGAGGUCUUAUAGACAGCAUGUAAAAUUAAAUGUUGAAUGGAAGCAUUUCUACAUCCUACAAUGUCUUCCAUUUGAAAUUGAAUAUUUUCCAAGGAAGGGUUCAAAAUGAUGGCCGUGACUUCGAAAUAAUUUGUAGUUUUGUGGUUUUAUCAGGUAUGUAAUGUAAAUUCAUGUGCAUGGUAAUUCAUGCAUUUGUAUUUGAUUUUUUCAUUUAUUUGUAUUUCUGCUUUGUGUCAUUUUUUUAGACAUCUUUUUAGCGGAGAUGUCUUUCCAACCAGUUGAAAAAAAUGAGGAUAUUCAUUAAGGGUACAUAGCUCUGAGCAGAGCUGCUGAGUCAUUUGCAUAUCUAACAAUAAUCUCUAAAGUCUUUCCAUUCCUUCAGCAUUUGUGCUGCGGCACCUGCAUGAUACCGUUGCAAAGGAGAUUUCAAACCAUGCAUGCUGAAAAAAGAGAUGUUGAAAAAACAGUGACAACAUCUGUAAUAUUCUUUAGAUUUUUUUUUUGCUGAAUAUAGAAUCUGAUCAUUCGAAACCAGUUGUGUACUAUUACAUGCUAAAUGCUGAAAUGUAUAUGUAAAUAUACAUCGUCAGCGUAAACUCAAAUUAGUUUUGUCGCAUCAUAGAUUAAAUACUUUUUUUCAGGAAAACAAAAAUAAAUAAAUGUGACUUUUAUACAAUAAAUGCAAACAUAUUUUUGUUCCAUUUAUCCUUAUCAAUCCCUUCAUUUUAACAUUGGCCAAUGUGCAUUAAGACUCCAUUACACAUACAAAAACUAUACAAAUACAACAGUUUGAACUUUGCUGUUAUUAAUAUUACUUUUCUUUGAAUAAGUAUAUGCACUAUAGACUAAAAAAGACAGAGGAUCCAGGGACAUAGCUUUGAAUCCUUUUGAUAAUUCAUAUCUAAUCUGUGCCUAUGACACCCAUAAAAUCCUUUAGGCAUGUAUAGUCAUCUAGGAGAUAAUGAAACUUUUUUUUACCAACUAUAUAACCAUGUCCUGAAACAUGAGACACUACAUAUUAAGUCCACUGUCUGAGCAUUGGAUACAUUUUCCUCUCUCAUUUCCAUGGAAAAAAAGUCCUUUGUUCAUGCACAGACUUCCCGUAUACUCUGCCUAAACUGUAGUAUCGAGUUUAUCCGUUAGAGGGCAGUGUUAAUGCUUCUCCUAAUGACAUUUACGACUGUAGUUUAUUUUAGAAGUGCUGAAUGUUACGAUCUGAUUGAGCCCUUUUGUUAUGUAAUUAAACACGAAGUGAUGUGUAUUAUAGCAUAAGUACUCGUCUUCCUCCAGACUUUUGAAUGUCUCUUACACUCACACAAAUGCUUGGGUCACUGUUUCUAAUGUAAGAUCUGAACUGAGAGAAUUACUGUAAGAUCAGUGGAAUACUUUUGUUUAAAACACAAAAUAAAACAACAACAAAAUUACAGGGAAAAUCUUAAAAGCACAAAGUUUUACUUACUUACCCAUUACAUUUUUCCUACUACUCUGCCUUUUGUAUUUUAAUUGAUCAGUGAUGAUUAUGUCAGUGAUUUAUGUAAAAGUACUAAAUGUCAAACAUAGUUUGAAAAAUUGGUGUUUUAUAUAAAAAAUGAUUUAGCUGCAUAAAGAUGUGGAUUGUAAACUCUGACAGAUAUUUGCAGAUUGUAAGAGCAUAAGAGGGAAAAAUUUCUGAAUUUUAGUAGAAAACAUACUAGUUACAAAGUUCCACUUUAAUAUUUACUGUACAUUUUUUCCCCCAAUGCUAUUUCUUUUGCUUAAUUCUGGAACAUUGCUUUUGUGUUUGAAUGUUCUGUACAUUUUUGAAUACUAAUACAAUAAAAGUAAAUGCUAAUUAAUAUUAUUUAAU